CAUCCAUGUGUCUCUCGUCAUGCCUCUGCCGUAGCAGGAGCUCCGCGCUACGUUUGGUGUUCGCCUCCAGUUGUCGCUGCACUUUGUUUUGACAGCUGCCUAUUUUCUUUUCUUUAGCAUUUUUUUUUUUUACCGAAGAAUGAGUGAAAACGAUGACAUCGAAGUCGACAGCGAUGCAGACAAACGAGCACAUCACAAUGCGCUGGAGCGCAAACGGAGGGACCACAUCAAAGACAGCUUUCACAGUUUAAGAGACUCUGUGCCUUCAUUACAUGGAGAGAAGGCCUCUCGGGCCCAGAUUCUGGACAAAGCCACAGAAUACAUCCAGUUGAUGAGGAGAAAAAAUCACACCCACCAACAAGACAUUGAUGAUUUAAAAAAGCAGAACGCACUGCUGGAGCAACAAGUCCGCGCUCUGGAGAAGGCCAAAGGAAACUCUCAGCUCCAAACAAACUACUCCUCCGACAGCAGCUUAUACACAAACCGCAAAGGCAGCACGGUGUCAGCCUUUGACGGGGGGUCUGACUCCACCUCCGAAUCGGAGCCGGACGAACCGCUCAACAGGAAGAAGCUGCGCGUGGAGACCAGUUAGACUCCUGCCAGUCGAGACAGACUCUGUAUCCACCAGCUCUUCUUACCUGCCCGCCUUCUUACACCAGUCAAGGAAAAGGUGGAAACUGUCUUAGAGGUGCUGUUGCUGUGUGUCCAAAACGCUUCUACCUUGCUGUAUCCUUAAGGAAAGCUUUCCCUCUCUUGUUUUUGUGGUCCCUGAAACGACUUUUAAUAUCCCAGAAGUUUGGCAGCUCCGCAGUUUUGAAGGACAUGUUGCUUUUGAGACCUCAUGAUCAAACAUAGAAAUGGCACAGCAUGAAUCUUCUGUAAAGCUGCAAAAUAAACUUUUUCUUUUGGUCGUUUGUGACGACCUGUAUAAUAAUUUGAAGCUGUAAGACGACCAGCUUUGAUGAAAUUGUGAUCAGAGAUAGUUUAACUUUUUAAUAGUCAUAUUUUUCCAGAAGAAAGUGAAUUUGUCAGGAAAAAGGUUCCAACUUUCAAGAAGCAACCCUCUUAACUCAGUUUAGGCGGCUGAAAUUACUUCUUUGAAAACUUUGUUAUAGUGAAUCCCUCUUUUAAUGCACUAAAAUGUAUUUCAUAUCCUUAUAUUGUUUAUUGAUAUGUUUGGUCUCUGUAAUGAUUGGAUUUGGGGUAGACCAUCUACCAGUUUUAGAGCAUUCAACUAUUUAUUUCCCUCUUUUUUUAUCUUAGUAAAAAUAUAUAGAUAUAUAUGUGGUUUAAAAAUGAUCCCUUAAUCAAUAGUGAAUGUUACACAACGCAGUUGAAGGGCAGUACCUUUAUUUUUGUUAAUGGAAAUCCGUUUCGGUGUGUUGUAUGUAACACUGUAUACUCCUUAAUGGUGUCAGUUCUGCACAGAAAAGCCUUCCCUUAAAAUAUUUGCCUGUGCUGGGAAUGUUGAUCUUUUAAAAGUCAGAAAACAUUGUGUGUAUGUAAUCAAUAUUUGUUCCAUUCCAUGGAAAUUACAGGUAUGUUGUACAUACUGCCAAUGGGUGUCUUGCAAGUUAAGGCAUACCUUUAUUACGAGACUAUAAAUAAAACUAUUUUAUCCUUUUGGGA